UCGAUAUUUACAAAGUUGUCUACAUUUUCUUUCAGCUUUUUUUGUUUCUGUGCAUUCUUUUGCGGUGCGGUACAGAUCUCUCAGUAUCUGAAGUUUUGUUGUUUGAAAGAGUUCAUGUGAACCAAACACUGUCUCGCUUUGUUGUUUCGGGGACCAGUUUUUGCAUCUUCUAUGCAGAUCUCUGGUGGGUUGUGAUUUUAGCUUGAUCGAGAUUUGAAGGGCUUCGAUUUCUUAGCAGCCAUAUGCGCAUGGUCAUUGGAUAUAAUUUAUCAGAGGAAGACGUAUAUAAUAGCGCUGUUGCUGACUUGCUGUGAUCAACUUGUAAAAUGUCCUUCCGUAGCAUAGUUCGUGAUGUGAGGGAUGGUUUUGGGAGUUUAUCUAGACGGGGUUUUGAAGUGAGGCUGACUGGCCAUCAUAGAGGAAAAUCUCAAGGUUCUUUACAUGACUUGCAUGACCAACCUCUUGUGAUUCAGAACAGUCGUUGGGCUAGUCUACCUCCAGAGCUUCUUUGUGACAUAAUCAAGAGAUUGGAGGACAGUGAGAGCACUUGGCCGGCUAGAAAGCAUGUUGUUGCAUGUGCCGCUGUAUGCCAGUCUUGGAGAACUAUGUGCAAGGAAAUUGUUAAGAAUCCCGAGUUCUGUGGGAAGCUGACUUUCCCAGUGUCCCUAAAGCAGCCUGGGUCACGUGAUGGAACCAUCCAGUGUUUUAUUAAGAGGGAUAAAUCAAAGCUAACAUAUCAUCUUUUCCUUUCUCUCGGCCCUGCAUUGCUGGUUGAAAAUGGGAAAUUCCUUCUCUCCGCGAAAAGAACUCGACGAACUACUUUCACAGAGUAUGUUAUCUCAAUGGAUGCUGACAAUAUCUCAAAAUCAAGCAGCACAUAUAUUGGAAAGUUGAGAUCGAAUUUUCUCGGCACAAAAUUUAUAAUAUAUGACACACAGCCUCCGUACACUGCUGCCAAUGUCCCUCCUCCUGGCAGAUCAAGUCGUAGAUUUUAUUCAAAAAAGGUGUCUCCGAAGGUCCCAACGGGAAGCUACAACAUAGCUCAAAUAAGUUAUGAACUAAAUGUGUUGGGAACCCGUGGCCCGCGAAGAAUGCACUGCCUUAUGCACUCGAUCCCAGUGUCAUCACUUGAUGUAGGUGGCAGUGUCCCUGGGCAACCAGAGCUUCUUCCACGCAGCCUUGAGGACUCAUUCCGGAGUAUCUCAUUCGCCAAGUCUCUUGACCACUCUGUUGAGUUCAGCAGUGCAAGAUUUUCAGAUAUAGUUGGUCCUCCUGAUGAUGAUGAGGAGGGCAAGAUUAGACCCUUGGUUCUCAAAAACAAGCCUCCAAGAUGGCAUGAACAGUUACAGUGUUGGUGCCUCAACUUCAGGGGCCGUGUAACUGUAGCCUCUGUUAAGAAUUUUCAGUUGAUUGCUGCUACACAGCCAGCAGCUGGCGCACCCACUCCAUCUCAGCCAGCCCCUUCAGUCCAUGAUAAGAUCAUUUUGCAAUUUGGUAAAGUUGGCAAAGAUAUGUUCACCAUGGAUUAUCGUUAUCCUUUAUCUGCAUUUCAGGCUUUUGCAAUCUGCUUGAGCAGCUUUGACACCAAAUUGGCUUGUGAAUAAACGAUUAACACUGAUUAACCAAGAGUUGGGUGGGGAAGAAGCUGGAAAAUAAUUAAUGUCAAAUCUUUUUCUUUAUGUCGCCAGCGUCCGACACCAAAUAGGUAGGAAAUUGUUGUGUGUUAUUCUCUGUUGUUUCAGAACUUAAUUGUAAAUGUGGCCCUGAUAACGUGGCUCACAGCAUUGUAAAACUGGAUUCUUUAUCCUUUGUCGCCACUUUCAGUCCAAUUCAUAAUUUCAGGCACCUCUGA